AUGUUCGCGGUCCCCGGCUGGUCUGUUUCGGCCUCUGCGCUCAAACAGCAGAGUGAGCAGCAGCCCCAGAACCAAGCCAACCAGUCCCAGAAGCCGAACGCAGAUGACACUGCAAAGUCAAACAAGCGCAAGCGAGAUGACAAUGUCACCAAGAAAAAUGUCGAUUUGAUGUAUCGCCGACACAUCGAAGGAUCAAAGGGCCAGUCGAAGCCCGCAAAGCCCAACUCCGCGCCGCCCAAGCCGGAGAAAAAGCCCUGGGAGCGCAAGAGGGAAGAGAAGAACGGUGCCGCCAAGCAAACUCAGGGUCAGGAUACAAAAGAGGACGAGGCACCAGAAGCUGUAGUCGAUGGUGCAGCUGAAGAGAGCAAGAGUUCGAAGAGGAGAAGAAAGAACAAGAAUAAGAACAAAGGAUCGCAAGGCCAGGACGGAGAAGAAACCCAAGCAACUUCCACUGAAGCCGCCGCUACUGAGACAGCGCCAGCCGCACCUCCUCCCACGACAGCUACCCUGACCCCUCUCCAGCAGGCUAUGCGGCAGAAGCUGAUCUCAUCCCGUUUCCGUCACCUUAACGAAACUCUGUAUACAACCCCGUCAACCAAAGCCCUUGAGCUCUUCACCGCGAACCCCGAACUCUUCGAAGAAUACCACGCCGGAUUUUCCCGCCAGGUCAAGGAGUCCUGGCCUUCCAACCCCGUCGACGGCUACAUCAGCGCCAUCCGCACAAGAGGAGCCAUCGCCGCACCAAAGAAGGGCAACAAGCCGGACCAAAAAGCCCGGGGCCUGCCAUUACCACGACGACCGAACGGCGCAUGCACCAUUGUCGACCUUGGCUGUGGUGACGCUAAACUCCACAGCACUCUCCUCCCCUCCGCCAAGAAGCUGAACCUGAAGCUCCACAGCUUCGACCUCCACGCUCCCAAAGACUCCCCCAUUACCAAAGCCGAUAUCUCCAACCUUCCCCUGGAAGACGGCUCCGCCGACAUCGCAAUCUUCUGCUUGAGUCUGAUGGGCACAAACUGGGUGUCCUUCGUCGAAGAAGCAUGGCGCGUGCUCCGCGGCGACGGCAAGGGCGAAUGCUGGGUCAGCGAAGUGAAAAGCCGCUUCGGCAAAGUGCAGCGCAAGAAAGCCCAAAUCGGCGCGAAGCGAACCCUCACGAAGGCCGAGAAGAAGAAGCUCAAGAAGAAGAAGGGCGGCGACGACGACGCCGGAUCGGACGUUGACGAGGCGGAUAUCUUUGCCGAGGACGCCCGUCCCUCACAGGACGACGAGACUGAUAUCUCUGCCUUCGUCGACGUCUUCAGGACCCGCGGGUUUGUGCUCAAGUCUGAGACUGUGGAUAAGUCGAACAAGAUGUUUGUGAAACUUGAGUUUGUCAAGGCGGGCGGUGCGCCAACGAAGGGUAAACAUGCCUCUACCACUGGGGCUCCCGCUGCUGGGAAGAAGAGGUUUAUUGAAAAACCAGUUUCUGCGGAUAAUGGUUUGUCGCCGGAGGAUGAGGCGGGUGUGCUGAAGCCCUGUGUUUAUAAGAUUCGGUAA